AUGAAAUUGUUCAUUGAACAGCAUUGCAAGCCAACUAGAGAUCAAAAUAGUAGGCAUCCCUACUUGCGGUCAAGAGGCAAAUACAUACCGUUCAAGAAUGGAAGCAUGCAUGACAGCCGCAUCUUUAAGGAAAUAAUUGAAAAUCAACGCGCAUCGUUUCCGCACCCACCAGAAGGUAAAUAUUACCUUGUGGAUGUGAGAUAUCCAAACAAGAAGGGUUACCUGGCACCAUUCAAAGGGUCUCGGUAUCAUCAAGCACUAUUUCGGGAAUAUGGACGACCCGAUAACCCGAGAGAAAUGUUUAACGAAGCGCAUGUGUCAUUGAGGAGUGUGGUGGAAAGGACUUUUGGAGUGUGGAAAUCUCGGUGGAAGUUCUUGCACAACAUGCCGGACUAUGAUUUUGCGACGGUGCAAGUGCCAUUGGUUGGUGCAUCAAUGGCGUUACACAGUUUCAUUCGUAGACACGAGUUAGCUGCCUUGGGCAAUGACAGACAUUAUGUUGUUUCAUCAGUGCUAGAUGGCAUGCCCGACGUUCACGGUGGCAGAGAAAAUCUCGAUGAUGGGCUCAUUGUUGGGGAUACAAAUGUGGAUAUGGCAAGAGUUCACGUUCGCAUACGCAACCAUUUGUUUUAUAUACGCAAUUUGGGACUAUUGUGA